AUGCACUGCAGCAUGCAGCUGGAACAGCGGAAUAUUUAAAGGUUGUCGAAACCUGGUGGAGGUUGUUAAUGUGAAGUCGCCCAGCAAAGGACGCCGGCUUCGUGAUGACCUACAGACUCCCAUUGCAGGAAGGCUGUGUCCACAAGUUGAAUUCCUUCAAACCAUCAUGCAGUGGCUUGACCACUGGGAGAGUUUGAAGUUUGACAAUGGAAUUCUCACUCGGGAGACCCACAGUGCCUUGCGUCUCACUACGGAAGCCUUGGUCAAGAUAAUAAACUAUUGCCUUGAAGACCUUGGAUUUGACUACGUACUUCUGGGGAAGUUCCAGACAGACUGCUUGGAGGAAAGAUUCGGCAAGUAUAGGCAGCUUUCCGGGUGUCAGUACCAUGUGUCCAUCAGACAAGUGUUCGAAUCCGAACGCAAGCUUCGCCUACAAAGAGCCCUGGCGCUUCCAGACUUGGAUUCAGGGGCACCUGCUGUCAGUAUUGAUGAGACGAUUCUACAGAGGUUCAACAUUGAAGUAAAUGACAAGGACUUCGAAAUGAAGGCACAAAAUCUUCCAGCUAUAACGUACGUGGCCGGAUACUGCGCCCAUGCGGCCCUUAAAAAACUUGCAUGCACUGCUUGCCCAGCAAAUCUGGUAGAAGAUGAAGACAUCAUAAUUGAGAAUGCAGAAAUUAUAGCAAGCAUGAAUCGCGGUGGGCUCAAGUUCCCCCAACCUCCAGUUGUGAAUGCUGUAAUGACUUAUGAAAUCGUCCUAGAUAAGCUGCGAAGUGAAAAGUAUGCUGUGCGAUUCCAUUCUCUAGCGAACCAAAGGCAAGCCCUUUUCACACUGGCUACCAACCUGAUAAAAGACACUGACAGUUUCGACGAAUGUCAAAAGAAUAAAAAGUAA